AUGCAUUCACUGCUCCUCUCCCGUGCGCGCCCUGGGCUCCAGCGGCUGUGCGCGCACCGCUUCUCUGCCGCUGCAGCCGCCGCCAUCCCGGCCCCCAGCGGACACCCAGAGGUCCACUACAACAAGCUCUUCAUCAACAAUGAGUGGCAGGACGCCCUGAGCGGGAGGACGUUCCCCACCAUCAACCCGUCCACAGGAGAGGUCAUCUGCCAGGUGGCCGAGGCCGACGCGGCGGAUGUGGACAAAGCGGUUUAUGCCGCCCGUCAGGCCUUCAGACUGGGGUCGCCAUGGAGACGCAUGGACGCAUCACAGAGAGGACUCCUGCUGAACAAACUCGCCGACGCCAUCGAGAGAAACGCAGCCUACCUCGCUGAGCUGGAGACUCUGGACAAUGGGAAGCCUUAUGCUGUGGCUUAUGCUGUGGACGUCCCCAACGUGGUCAAGUGCCUCAGGUAUUAUGCGGGCUGGGCCGACAAGUGGGAGGGGAAGACCAUCCCCAUCGACGGAGACUACUUCUGCUACACCCGCCAUGAGCCUGUGGGCGUGUGCGGACAGAUCAUCCCGUGGAACUUCCCGCUCCUGAUGCAGGCCUGGAAGCUGGGCCCGGCUCUGGCCACGGGGAACACGGUGGUGAUGAAGGUUGCCGAACAAACGCCACUGACCGCUCUGUUCGUGGCCAGUCUCAUCAAAGAGGUGGGCUUUCCUGAAGGAGUGGUGAACAUCCUGCCGGGAAUGGGCCCCUCCGCCGGAGCCGCCAUCGCCAGACACAUGGACGUGGACAAGGUGGCCUUCACUGGAUCCACAGAGGUGGGUAAACUGAUCCAGCAGGCGUCUGGCAGCAGUAACCUGAAGAAAGUGACUCUGGAGCUGGGAGGGAAGAGCCCCAACAUCAUCAUGUCAGACGCCAACAUGGCGGAGGCCGUGGAGCAGGCCCACUUCGCCCUCUUCUUUAACCAGGGCCAGUGCUGCUGCGCCGGCUCCAGGACCUACGUCCAGAAAGACAUUUACCAGGAGUUUGUGGAGCGCAGCGCAGAGAGAGCAAAGAGACGUGUGGUGGGGGACCCAUUUGACAUGCGCACCGAGCAGGGGCCCCAGGUGGACCAGGAGCAGUUCAAUAAGAUCCUGGGCUACAUCAGCAGUGGGAAGAAGGAGGGGGCGCGGCUGCUCUGUGGGGGGGGCGUGGCAGCAGACCGGGGGUACUUCAUCCAACCCACAGUGUUCGGAGACGUGCAGGACGGGAUGACCAUCGCCCGAGAGGAGAUCUUCGGUCCCGUGAUGCAGAUCCUGAAGUUCGACACUCUGGAGGAGGUGAUAGAGCGAGCGAACGACUCUCAGUACGGACUGGCAGCUGCUGUUUUCACCAAAGACCUGGAUAAGGCCAACUACGUGUCCAGCGGGCUGCGGGCGGGGACCGUGUGGAUAAAUUGCUAUGACGUGUUCGGGGCCCAGGCUCCGUUCGGAGGAUACAAAGCGUCAGGAAACGGACGUGAGCUCGGAGAGUACGGUCUGGAGGGCUACACAGAGGUCAAGACGGUGACCAUGAAAGUGCGGCAGAAGAACUCUUAA